AACGACACACAGCAGCUGCUGGGACAGCUUGUCGCUCGUCGCCGUGUAUGUGGCUUUACUGUGCCCAGCAUGACAGCGGGAAGGCGUGCUUCUCCAGCAGAAAGGGAAUUUGAUUAUCAGUAUGCGUAGAAGUGGAAUAAACAAAUCCGACACGCAUCCAGCUGCUGCUAGCUCGCUAGGUAGCUAGCCACUGUAGCACACCAUCCUGUGGGGGACGAGCUAACCGUGGCUAGCCAGUCGCCGUCUGGCUAGCUACAGUUAACCUCGAAGACGUGGAAGUUGCUAAUUGCCUGUACCUGGCUGCUAAGCCAGCUUGUUACCCACUUUUGUGUAACGUAAAGGGGACAAAAUGGAGCUGUUCCAAGCCAAAGACGACUACAUUCUUCAGAGCGGGGACCGAGCUCUGUGGUGCAGCCGAAAAGACGGGACCAUGACCGUCAGACCUGCGACGGACCUGUUGUUAGCUUGGAAUCCGGUGUGUUUGGGUUUGGUAGAAGGUGUCAUUGGCAAGAUACAGCUUCACACAGAUCUUCCUCUCGGCCUCGUAUUAAUCCGCCAGAAAGCUCUUGUGGGGCAUUUACCAGGCAACCACAAAGUCUACAAGAUCACCAAGAUAGCUGUCAUUCCUCUGUCUGACGAAGAGCCUCAGGAGCUUGAGCUGGAGCUUUGCAAGAAGCAUCAUUUUGGAAUCGACAGACCAGAGAAACUGGCCCAGUCUCCUGAUGAGUCGAAGUUCUUGAUGAAAACUUUCAGCCAGAUCAAGUCUAAUGUGGCUGUGCCCAUCAAGAAAAAGUAUUCCCCUGCCUUCCAGGUCAAGGAGAACAAAGAGAAGGAGCGUCUGGAGAGGCGGCUGCUGGAUGAGCUGUACAAAAUAUUCAUGGACUCAGACUCUUUCUACUACAGCAUGACCUACGACCUGACAAACAGUGUGCAGCGUCAGGGAGACUCGGACAAGUCCGACUUACCCCUGUGGAAACAGGUGGAUGACCGGUUCUUCUGGAACAAACACAUGAUCCAAGACCUUAUUGACCUUCAGGUGCCAGAGGUGGACUUCUGGGUGAUACCAGUCAUCCAGGGCUUUGUACAGGUGGAGGAACUGGUGGUGAACUACAAUGAGACAUCUGAUGAGGAGAGGAGCAGCCCGGAGACACCACCACAGGAGGUCACCUGUGUUGAUGACAUCCAUCCCCGCUUCACCGUGGCCCUGAUCUCCAGGCGUAGCCGCCACCGUGCAGGGAUGCGGUACAAACGCAGAGGAGUGGAUACCGAUGGCCAUGUGGCUAACUAUGUGGAGACAGAGCAGUUAAUCCACGUGCACAGCCACACUCUGUCCUUUGUGCAGACCCGUGGCUCUGUGCCCGUCUUCUGGAGCCAGGCAGGGUACCGCUACAAUCCCCGGCCACGCUUAGAGAAAGGAGAGAAGGAGACCAUGUCUUUCUUUGCUGCUCACUUUGAAGAACAGCUUAAACUCUACAAGACACAGGUCAUCAUCAACUUAGUGGACCAAAGUGGACGGGAGAAGAUAAUUGGCGAUGCAUAUCUGAAGCAAGUCCUGCUUUACAACAACCCAAACCUCACAUAUGUCUCAUUUGACUUCCAUGAGCACUGCCGAGGAAUGAAGUUUGAGAAUGUGCAAAUCCUGACAGAUGCAAUCUCAGAUAUCAUCACUGACAUGAAGUGGGCCUGGGUGGAUCAGGCUGGAGUCAUCUGUAAGCAGGAGGGCAUCUUCAGAGUCAAUUGUAUGGACUGCCUUGACAGGACCAACGUGGUCCAGGCUGCUGUUGCUCGGGUGGUGAUGGAACAGCAGCUGAAGAAACUGGGUGUGAUGCCUCCAGAGCAGCCUCUGCCUCUCAAAUGCUACAGGAUUUAUCAGAUCAUGUGGGCGAACAAUGGAGACACCAUCAGCAGACAGUACGCAGGCACAGCAGCGCUUAAGGGCGAUUUCACCAGGACGGGUGAGAGGAAACUGGCUGGCGUGAUGAAAGAUGGCGUGAACUCAGCCAACCGCUACUAUCUGAACCGCUUUAGGGAUGCUUACAGACAAGCAGUCAUCGACCUAAUGAUGGGCCUGCCAGUGACGGAGGACCUCUACUCCAUCUUCAGCAAGGAGAAGGAGCAUGAAGAGAAAGAGAAAGAGAGCCAGAGGGGAGCGCAGGAGCAGGUCAGCCUCCUGCUGCAGACAUACAUGCAACUUUUGCUGCCUGAUGACGAGAAGUUUCAUGGAGGUUGGGCCCUCAUCAAUUGUGACAUGAGCCUUGUUGAUGCAACCAACAAAGAUGUGGACGUGCUGCUGCUUCUGUCUGACAAAGCUUAUUAUAUUGCUUACUAUGAUGAAGAAGCAGAUAAAGUCAACCAAUACCAGCGCCUCAAUUUAGAGGGUUUGGAAAAGAUCGAAAUCGGUCCAGAGCCUACUCUGUUUGGGAAGCCAAAGUUCUGCUGCAUGCGUUUGCAUUAUAGGAAUGAAGAGACAAGUGGGUACUUUCACACACUGAGAGCAGCCACACGAAAUCCUGAGGAUGAUGGAAAAGACACGUUACAAUGCAUAGCUGAGAUGCUACGCAUAACUAAACAAGCCACAGGGUUGGAUCUUCUUGUGGUUGAAAAGAAGCUCGAGAGGCGGCAGAGUAAGCCUCAUGAGGAUAUAAUGGGCAUCCAGAACAAACCUGCAGACCAGGUCCAGGGUAGCUCUGGUCUGGCGCAGGGCAAAAGUUUCCUCCUGAACAAAUUCUCCUCGCUCAAUCAGAAAGUGAAACAGACCAAGACAAACGUAAACAUUGGCACCUUCAAGCCCCUCGGGAAGCUGGGCAACUUCUCUAAGCCCGAUGUAAAAGUCAAUUUCCUAAAGCCAACUAUGCAUGUGAACCUGUGGAAGUCGGACAGCAGCUUGGAGACAUCAGAUAACAACCCUGGCACGGGGGCCCUAAAAGAUAUCGGUGAUGACCACUCUGAAAUCUCAUCUGACUCUGACUCCUAUAAUUCUGACCCAGAGCACCCAUGUUCCGGUUCUUUAGAAAAUGUGGACUAUGUGUUGCCUAGCUGUGGCAUUGUAGCAUCAAACCCACGACUGGGCAGUCGCUCCCAGUCCAUUGGUAGCGUGGAGCUAAAUAUCCCCUCUGUUAUCCGAGUCACUGGCUGUGACGAGAAGCAGGAAAGCCCCUCUCAAGUCAGCGAUGACAAGUCCCCAGGGGCCGCCUCGGUGGCUGAAGAAGCCAUUCUGAUUGACUUUGGUACUCCCAUCGAUGCCUACUGCCACCAGUUUGUCCAGGAUGCACAGUACAAACCUGUCGAGGUGUUUGGAGAGCAGCCGCCAGCUGCUGUCCCCAGACUCAAGCCUGUGGUGUCUGUGCAGAAUAAGACGCCAGCAGACUCGCACAAGCAGCCAAGUUCGGAGCCGCCGCAGCAUCAGCAGGAGGAGCCCCAGCUCCCCAGGCCAUCCCAGCUAGACGUCGAGUCCACUACCUCCAGUUCCAACCUCCUCUCCGUCCAGAAGCCGAGCUCUGCGGCCUCCGGGGGCUCUCAGAGGAGUCUGAGCUCACAGAUGGAGGGCAGCCUCGGCCCUUCGCCUGCCGACAGCAACGGCAGCCGGGUGGUGUCCCCCUUUGCCAAGAUCAAGAGCUCCAUGGUCCAGGUGGCCAGCCUCACCCAGGCCGGACUCACCCAGGGCAUCAACUUUGCUGUGGCAAAGGUGCAGAAGAGCCCAGAGCCAGACACUGUUAACGAAGCCCAAGAGAGUGAGCUGAGGGCGAUGUUUACACAGUGCCAGACCAGGAUCAUUCAGAUCUAGUGCUUUCCUUGUAGCAGGAUUUUGUAGUCUCACGUCAUGUAGAAACUUCCUCUGUGGUAGCAGUAGCAAAAGCUUGCACAUAGCGUCACUACUCCGCCAAUAAUUGCUCUCUUAAAUUUCCCCCUCAUUUAAAUUUGCCCAUGUUAAUGAUGACUCUUGUACAGAACUUACAAAUAUAUACUAAAGCCCAACAGUGACCAUGUUUACAUGCACAUCAUUAUGGAGCACUGAUUGUCUGGUCCAUAAGGGACAGUUAGCUCAUAUCCCUUUUGCCAUCCAGCCAUGUGCACUGAUUGAUUUAUGUGUCAGAUGUCCUCUUCUUCCAUUUAUGGUUUAAUAAUAAUUGUCUGAGUGGAAGUAGCAGUAAUGGUGAUACCAUGAUAUUUCUGAUGUAAAUCGCUCAGAACAUUAAUCCUUGGUUGCUAGGAUGAGUAUAACAAUGGCACAUGGGGAAAUACUUAUUUGACCCAUGUGUUGGUGAGAACAGUUGAUUGAAAUGAGUGUAUGUGCAUUCAAAUCCUUAAUCACUCCAGGAAUACUGCCACUGUUAAAGUCAGUUGUUCUUAAGGUAGAGUUUUCUUAUCAUAUUUCAGUAAAUAUUUCACAUGUAAUCAUAUUUAAUAUUUCAACAUUUCAGCAGCCUCAUUAUGAUUACCUUAAGAGACAAAAACUAAGACAUAAGGAGAUAUUUAGGUGUUAAGGCGGUUUAAACUUAUGUACUUCCAGAGUAUUUUUGUGCAUGUAAACAUGUCACUAUCGUUUGUGAAAAAGCAAAAAGUUAUUUUACCCACAGUGCUUGCAUGUGAGGUGAACGGUAACAACUGAUAUUGACAGACGGCAGGCAAACAUGAGCUGCAUGUUGAAAGACCAACUCUGACUCUAUCAUGUACUGUAUGUUUUCCUGUAUGUGCAGGUCACUUGCUGGCGUUUGUGAUAUAGACCUCGUAAUAACCUUCAAUCUGUAACAGUUGUUGUAGACUCCAACCAAAUAUCUUUCGUGAUUCCCAAAGGUCAAUUCAGUGUUGACUUUUACCCUUUGUAUAGCUGUCAGAAACUAUCCAGACGACAUACUGUACGUAGUUAUCCUAUGUAAUAUCAAUGUUGUCAAGUGUAACUUAGAAAGUAAACCGUUAUAGACAUAAUGACUACACAAGACCUUAGUAAGAGUAUCCUGGCUGUCCAUAUGUACAGUGAGUAUUGUAUGUUUAUCUGUUCCCUGAGUAGAGCCUUCCCUUAAGCUUUUUUUAUUGAUGGUAGGGUGGCAGCUUGUUCAAAGGGGUAUCAGCAUUAUAUUUUGAAAAGAAGGCCCAGUACUGUCAGUGCUAAAUAUGAAUAACCAGAAAACCACUGGUUGGCGUUGUUUUUGAUAGAUAUCUAUGUAUUGAAAUGACUAUUCUGCUAACAGUUGUACUAAUGAACGAUGAGGGUUUGUUUGAACUGAGCCCUCGGCCAGCGUUGUAUAUUGACGUUGCAUGUUUGACGUGACGUUGACAUGUUUGGAACAGGAGAGUAGCAUAUAGUAGGUAUAUAUGCAAUUGCACCCACCCAGUUAUUAGAAAUACUGACGCUUUAUGCACUCCCCAAACUGAAAGCAUAUUUGCCUUAACAGGGAAUUGGAGUGGGAUUAUGUAUAUCAGGUAUUUAUGGCAAAAUCUACCUUUUUAAGUCCAUUCUGACAUGUUACAAUUGGUGUACUGUAUAAAAGACCAUGUUCAGGGUUACUGUAUGGCAUCAAGCUUUACCUUGGGAUAUUUCAUCUACUGGCACAUACAUUCUCCGUGGAAAUGAGCUGGCUUGGUGUGUUGGCUGUGUGUAUGUACUGUUCGGUAUGUGUGAGUGUGUGUUUGACUAUCCCUGCUGCUGCUGCUGGUAUUUAGGAGCGCUCGCCUUAGAGCCCUAGUUAUUUUUAUGUGCUAUGAAGCUGUAUAUAUUGUUAUAUUGUAGGUUUUUUUUUUGUUAACCUUUAGAAGUGAGGUUUUGCCUCAUUAGUCUCCCGUUAAACUCCCACAUGGCCUUGUUAUAGUCCCUGAGAAAUAAUGAACCAUGGCCACCUUAUCCCACUGCUGUGUAUGUUGUUGUCCGUUCAUGAUAACUAAUAAUAAUGUGGCUUGCUUCGAGCUGAAAUAUCCCAAGAUAAACUGUCACACAUUUCAUAUUUUUGUCUUACAUUUGCCUGUGUUCUGCAUUCAGCUUGCUCACCAGCAGAUAAGAUGUGGGAUACUUGUAUAUUUUAUCUGACUAUAAUUGUGUUAAGUGAGACUGUAGGCUGCUUUGUGGGUGCUACCUUAUAUAGCUGUUGAACCUGCUGAUAGUGUGUGUGGUGCUGCCAAAGCUUUAAGGUUAAUAGCUGUAAUGCAAAGUUUUAAUGCAGAGGGUAAAAGGUGUUUUUUAAACUUUACUGCAGGAUUGCAAACACUGGAGCGGUUCUCAAGCAGAGCAGAAACUUAUUUUGUCCUAAACUGGCUGUAUGAAGCUGAAUGGAACAGUAAUCCUCAACAUUCCUGAUAGAGACCACAAUGCUAGAGUGCUGGUGUCUGGUUUUUAUAUGCAAAAGCUGGCAGUUGUAUUUGAUCCUAUAUUUGCUGGGUGAGAUUUUUCUCCUUUCCUUUUGUUUACACCAAGUGCUUUUGCAAUCACCUCUUCAUUUGUUCUGUGCUUGCCCUCCGCUCCCAUAAGGACCCUAGACCAUGACAAAUUAUCAUGUGACUAGGUCUUAAAAUAUUUCAUUUGCACUGUUUAAGCACAUUUUCUAGCAUUAGUACCAUUCCAUCCGAAUGUCUGUGGUCAUAUCGCUCCUCUUUACCAACUGACUGCUGUCAUUGUUUUCCACAGUGUACUGAGAUUGUAUUGUACAUUAAAGUAUCCUAUUUAUUCUUAUCCUCUUUGGGUGUGUUACUUGAUAACAAAAUGCACUGUACACUCUUUGUUUAGGAAGAUAUUCCGUUGGAAUAAAAAGUAUA